GCCUCGUUCCUUGCUAAACGCUUCCUUAAUUCCGUCGAUUCCUUGAAAAGAGAAAUCUUAUACACCAAUCAUCAGCCAUGACUAUUGAAAAGAAACCUCAUCGUCGCCUGUGUAGGAGACCGAUGUACUUUCAGGUACCCAUCGGAGUUACUUUCAGGCAACUGCAUCUUCAGAGAACCAUGUUGUUCGCUUUUCGGCGCGUGAAGUUGGCAGAUAUGAAGAAAGAGAUGAAACUCCUUCAGAAUUCCCACGAGGAAGACAGAGUGGAACUGACAGAGCUGGAAGCGAGGUUCACCCAGCUGAGGGCAGAGAGAAGGCACGCGCUGGAAGAGAGCGAGUGGACCCAAACUUGCUUGGAUAUUGUGGAGGCUUUGUUGCCGAACGACCCUCUCUCCGGUCACUGAUGACAUAGAAGAUUUCAAUUUGAAGAAAUAAAGUGCUGGGAAAGGAUGAAGGAAAUAAUAUUCUAUGGGUUUGUUCUCCAAUAAGAGCGAGAGAGGAAGACUGGUAGGUGUUCAUAUAUAAUUACUGUCUUGUUUGCUAUUGAAAUAUGGUGUUUCGAUUUAGAUCAAAAGACUGGUAAGUGUUUAUAUAUAAUUACUGUCUUGUUUGCUAUUGAAAUAUGGUGUUUU